AGAAAGGGAGUCAACAAAUAUUACCCCCCAGACUUUGACCCAGCCAAGCAUGGCUCCAUUAAUGGCUAUAGGAACAGUCACCCUCUGCGAGAGAGAGCCAGAAAACUGUCCCAGGGCAUCCUUAUCAUACGGUUUGAGAUGCCCUACAAUAUAUGGUGUGACGGCUGUAAAAAUCACAUAGGGAUGGGUGUUCGAUACAAUGCUGAGAAAAAGAAAGUCGGAAACUAUUACACCACACCAAUAUACAGGUUCAGGAUGAAGUGUCACCUGUGUGUGAACUACAUUGAGAUGCAGACGGAUCCGGCCACCUGUGACUACGUGAUAGUGAGCGGCGCUCGUCGGAAAGAGGAGCGCUGGGACAUGGCUGACAACGAACAGAUUUUGACUACAGAGCGCACUGAGAAAGAAAAGCUGGAGACUGAUGCCAUGUAUAAACUGGAUCAUGGAGGAAAAGAUAAGGAGAAACUUAAAGCGGCUAUUCCCUCGCUCUCUGAACUCCAGGAGCACCAGGCAGGCUGGAAGGAUGACUUUCAGCUCAACAGCUCCCUCCGCAGGAAGUUUAGGGAGGAGAAAAAAGUGAUUGCAGAGGAGGAAGAGAAAGACAACGCUGUGAGAAAAAGGACUGGCCUGUCUAUCGCACUGUUGCCAGAGAAAGAGGAGGAUAAGAAACUGGCGUCAUUGCUCACUUUCCAGAGCCCUGUCUCUUACGAUGACCGGCAACAGAACAAGCGUAAAGAGAUAGCCUCUCGCUCGUGGUUCAGUUCCCCCUCCGCACCACCAGGGGGUGCUGCAGGAAGCCUCCUCCACAAGCUCAGCCUUCAAGGGAAAGGAGCUGCCGCCGCCAAAGCCCUGGGCGCCGCGUCCCCCGGUUCCCUUAGCCUCAUCCGCAGGAAGACCGAGGGUAACAAACCCGAAGCUUGCGCCACAGUCACUCGACGGAAAUCAGACCCUGGGCUCUGUGCAACAAGUGAGGAGGGGGUUGUCCAAGAGAACACAGAAACAUCACAUGGGACUGAGUUAUCUUUGAUACAACCCAAUAAAGAGGGCCAAGAAACUGAAGAAUACCCAAACACAAAUGGUCAAAGCACAGGGGACGAAAACAGAGAAACUGCUACAGAGAAUUGUGGGACAGAGGAGGACCGAGCAAAUGAACACGGCACCUUGAAGUCUCUUGUAGCAGAUUACAGUGAUUCAGAUUCUGACCCAGGACAAUGAGACCUUUUCCUAGGUGGCUAAUCCUCCGAAUAAUUAUUUAUAGGUACUAACUUUUUCUCAUCAAGACUGUAUAAGACUAAAAUCCUUUUAAGCUUAAA